AUGGAGGAGAUCCCCUCACCGGGUGUCCCAAACUAUGUCUCCGAGCUUGUGUCUUAUCUCUCCCGGCGGGCAGAGCUACAAGGCUGGGUGCCAGACGGCACCCUCCUCGCUCUCUGGCUCAUGACACUGAUGAACCGAGGCUGGGGCGGGGGCGGGGGCGGCAUCAUCCUCGACGUCGACGUGUCCUCAAGCCGGCGACCAGGCGGGGCCAUAGGCCGAGCAACGAGGCAAGCCGUAACCUUAUGCGAGAGCGUGUUCGGCUUCCGGACGAAACUCCUACACUUGAACGCACACAGCACGGCGUCCUCUGUCUCGCUGACUGGUGCUCAGGCGUGCGUCGUCACGGGGCUCGAGCACGUCUCCUCCCCCGUUGCGAUCAAGUUACGCCGCGAGGUGGAGGGGAACGACGCCCUGCUCAUCUGGGUCCGAGACGAGGACUAUGACGCCUUCCCGCCGUGGCUGCUGUCCCGCUCAGCCACGGCGAGUCUGGACGCCUUCGUGCGCGCGCACACAGUGCUGUCGUCCUCCUUCCACCUACCUCCCGGAUGGAGGGAGGCGAUGGCGGCAUGGAAGAAACGUUCGGGACGCUCCGCGACGCCCUUCACGGUCGGCGAGGGCGGGAUGGGCGACUGGGCCAGCAAGGCGGGCGAGAGGCCCAAGCCUGCUGCUGUGUUCGGACCGGAGACGCAGGUCGAGGACUGCGAGCGCAGGGGCGGGGAGAACAUGCUCUAUGCGCUGGAGGGGAGCGCAGAGGAUAGAGCGAAGCACUGCAAGUUGCCCCACGUGGGAGAGUUGGAUGAGAACGACAGGAGGGCGGCGCAGAAGAGGAGAGAGGACCUCGAUGAAGACCUGGUGGAUAUCCUCGAGGAGGUGUGA